UAGAACUGGACGGCUACACGUCCCCGCUAUCGGCAACUAAAAACAGUAUAUCUCAUAUCAUCAUCAUCCUCCUCAGUGACCCUCUUUGUUGUUUUGCAUAUAAAAGUACAAAGUUUCUUUCUUUGAUGAAAAGCUUAUCCAACCUCCCCUCAGCUUGCCCAUUUCCAUUUCUCUGUUUUUGUUCACUCCAUUCCAGAAAGCAAGAUUAAUCGUAAAAGAUUUAGAAAUUUAGAUUUUUUUUUGGUGAUGAUGGGUAGUUUUCAGGAGAGAUUUUCUUCCUUUUUCAAUAACAGAUGGCUGGUGUUUGUGGCUGCAAUGUGGAUACAAUCGUGCGCCGGUGUUGGGUAUUUGUUUGGGAGUAUUUCGCCAGUUAUAAAGAGCUCGUUGAACUAUAAUCAGAGGCAGGUUGCUAGUUUGGGUGUGGCUAAGGAUCUUGGGGAUAGUGUUGGGUUCUUGGCAGGGAGUUUGUCUGAAAUCUUGCCUUUGUGGGGUGCUUUGCUGGUUGGUGCUUUGCAGAAUCUAGUUGGAUACGGUUGGGUUUGGCUUCUUGUUACUGGUCGAUCUCCUGUUUUGCCUUUGUGGGCUAUGUGCAUUCUUAUAUUUAUCGGGAACAAUGGUGAAACCUACUUCAAUACAGUUGCUCUGGUUUCUUGUGUACAAAACUUUCCCAAAAGCCGGGGUCCUGUGGUGGGAAUACUCAAAGGCUUUGCUGGUUUAAGUGGUGCAAUUUUGACCCAAAUAUAUACAAUGAUCCAUUCCCCUAAUCAUGCAUCUCUCAUAUUCAUGGUUGCAGUAGGGCCAGCAAUGGUAGUGAUUGCUCUAAUGUUCAUUGUAAGACCUGUUGGAGGUCACAGACAAGUUAGACCAUCUGACGGCACAAGCUUUACAUUUGUAUAUAGUGUGUGCCUUCUAUUGGCUGCUUAUUUGAUGGGGGUCAUGCUUCUUGAAGAUCUAGUUGAUUUGAGCCACACUUUUUUCAUAAUUUUCACGGUGGUUUUGUUUGUUCUCAUUUUGCUUCCCAUUGUGAUUCCUAUUUCAUUGAGCUUUUUCCAAGAACCUAAAGAUCCAACAGAAGAGGCUCUUUUACCUGAGCUACAGAAACAAGAAGCUGGAAAAUCUGAACCUGAUGCCCCUGAGGUAAUAUUCAGUGAGGUGGAAGAUGAGAAGCCCAAGGAAGUAGACUUGCUUCCAGCAUUAGAAAGGCAAAAGCGAAUUGCACAGUUGCAAGCCAAACUAUUCCAAGCAGCUGCAGAAGGAGCAGUGAGGGUCAAAAGGAGAAGAGGUCCACAUAGAGGUGAGGAUUUCACCUUGAUGCAGGCACUGAUUAAGGCAGAUUUCUGGCUUAUUUUUGUCUCACUUUUGUUGGGUUCUGGAUCUGGGCUGACUGUGAUUGAUAACCUGGGUCAAAUGAGCCAGUCUCUAGGGUAUGAUAACACACACAUAUUUGUGUCCAUGAUCAGCAUCUGGAACUUUCUUGGCCGUAUUGGCGGGGGUUAUUUUUCAGAGGUUAUUGUGAGGGACUAUGUUUAUCCAAGGCCAGUGGCAAUGGCUGUUGCACAACUCAUUAUGGCUAUUGGGCAUGUGUUCUUUGCUUUUGGGUGGCCUGGGACAAUGUACAUUGGUACUUUACUGAUUGGCUUAGGCUAUGGAGCUCAUUGGGCAAUUGUGCCAGCUGCUGCAUCAGAGUUGUUUGGCUUGAAAAAGUUUGGGGCUUUGUACAAUUUCCUCACUCUAGCAAAUCCUGCAGGUUCUCUUGUCUUCUCUGGUCUAAUUGCAAGCAGCAUUUAUGACCGAGAGGCUGAAAGGCAGGCUCAUGAGCAUCAUCACCACAAGUGUGAAGGUGCUGUAUGCUUCUUCCUUACUUCCAUGAUUAUGUCAGUUUUCUGCAUAAUUGCGGUUGUCUUGAGCAUGAUUCUUGUGCAUCGGACUAAGAUCGUCUAUGCAAACCUCUAUGGAAGAUCUCGUACUUGAUUUUGGGAAGAGAACUAAACCAGGCUCUUAUAACUAGAGUACUUCAUCCAUUUUACAGUGGUGUUUGUAUACUCCAAGCAAGGUUUUUAGAAAUUCUUAAUGUUUUUUUUUCUUGGAACACAUUACUAGAAGACAGAAAAGUGAAGCAUACUCCAGAGGAACUCUCAUCUGAAGUCUCUGUUUUUCGUUUGCUUUUUAUAUAUAAUAUUUGUAACCUGGGUGCAGCCAUUUAGUCACAGGAGAUUAGCUUUGGAAUGUUGGAAUAUUGUAUAUUUUUUUCAUAUUCUAUUUGAAGAAUCAAUCUAUUAUUUUGCUUCA